GUGGGAGGAGAUCCAGGUGGUGGUCGAGAUUCCGCAAACAGACAUAGGCUACAUCAAAUAGGCCUACACCAAAACGUCUUUGAACUGGAGUUUGGCGCUGCAUAAAGUCGCUUGCCUAAAAAGCUGUUUUCAUGGAAAGGCUCCAAGAUCUGUUGUAGUUACCACAGCGGUGGUGCUUAUUUGCGAUCUCUCGAGAAACGGAAAAAAAAAGUUUGACAGAACGAACUCUUCGCUGCGUUUUGAUGUGCGCGCGUCCAGAUUGAUUAAAGAGCAAUUUGGAAAGAUGUUCAAGAAAAGCAAAAGCAAAGUGUUGGUGGACUAUGUGUCGGAGGAGGACGAAAUAUCCUGGCAUCAUCAACACACUUACAAGGGCUCCGGGGCCAUGCUACAGCUUGCUUUCCCUCCACUCUCCUCGCAACAAGAUCCUCCUAGUCCUGACUGUCUCUGUGAUGUUACCGUGGGAGGAAGGUUCACCGGAGAUAAGGACCCAGAGGGGGAGGACGAGGAAGAGGCAGUGAGCCCUGUAUCCAAGGAGGUGAAAGUGAAGAAAGUCAAGUCCAAGAAGGAGAGGAGGGAUAAGAAGAUGUUUUCUUCUCAGGAUGACGAGCACUUCCUACUGACAGGGGUCACACUGGCUGACCGCAGAGGGUCCCACAAGAAGAACAAGGAGGAAGGGAAGGAGAAGAACAAGCCAAUCACAGAGAAGGGCCACUGCUUCUGGGACAGCGUCACCAUGACGAUGAGGCAGAUCACGCCCACCAGGAAACUGGACAAGCUGGAGGGCUGGGAGCCGCCGCAGUUGCCCGACCAAACCGAGACACCCACCGAGGAGGCAAUGGAGGCUCAGAGUGGGACCAGGGACUCGCCUGUGUCCUUCCCCCAGGCCCUGGGGCUCCCACUGGGGCUGCCCUCCUGGACAGGUCUGGGUCUAGAGGAAGACUCGUCGCACUACGCCAACCUGUCAGAAUCGCGGGAUUCCACGGCCGUCAGGUGGACAGCCCGCGCCAAAGGCAAGCUGGCCGGAAUCAGGAGGCGGAGCCGAGGGAGUGUUUCGGAGACAUGGGAGGGGUUUAAAUAAAAGCUUUACCCCUUACCUGCCAGCAAUCCCUGCCCCUCACCUCAUUCCUCAAAUUAAGAGGAGGGGAAAAAGACAUGCCUGUCUGUCUCUGUGCUGCAUAAAGAACUGAUUUGGUAUUCCUCCAUUGACAUUCUGAGUGCAGUCCUGACUUUUCCGUACAGCAUAGACGAACACACCCCAUAUAUCCCUGACUGUUCACUCCACAACAUAGCAGAUGAACUUACAAAGCAGACAAGGUCACUAAAAUCUAUUAUUAUUGACUUUGUGUUGAAACUGUGUUUUAAUGUUACAGAGACAUUGAGCCUGGGAACACAUUAUGCUAGGUUGAUCUGAGUGGACUGGUUUGGCAGUGUAGAGAAAAGGGUCACCAUCUUGAAAAGGAUGUCAUAGAUAAGAGGUUGGAAAGUAAAAAAGCAAACACAUGAAGGCCUUACCUUAAACUGUGUAUCCACUGACCUUUGACCAUUUUAUAUUAUCAAGCCAAGAGAAUGAUUUCCAAAGGAGAUUUUGUAUGGUAACAUAGGCAUUCAUGUUUUAUGCUAGAGUGUAGUUUGAGAACAAGACCAACUAUGCUACUGUAGGCCUUAUUUAAUGAUACGUUUUCCAUGUUGUUUGCCUUCCCUGGCCCUGCAGUAAAUGUCUACUGGGAGAGGAAUGUGUCAGAAGUCUUAGCUCCUAAUAAGCAUAGCUAAAAGGCUUAAAAUGCUUUGUCCAAUAAUGUGUAAUAAGCCUUUCAGGCUCUGAACCAUAAGUGCAAAUGUGUGUUAGCGAAUAUAGGCUGCUGAAUCUGGAGUAUUGUUAAUGAAUGAUAUGAUCUAAAUGUUGUUACAAGCCCAGCAGAUGGCGCUCCGUUGGAGUGUCAUGAAUACUGUACAUUCAAAUCUAAUGAUAAGAAACAUUUUCCAUGCAAUAAGAGGACUGAGCGCCAUUUUCUGCAUGCAGUCUGUGUGCUGUUUCCCCGAUUAGACAAAAAGCCGUGAUGUGCCUUUCUCUACAGUAUGUGUUAUGGCAUGCUUCUCUGCUCACCAUAUUGGAAUAGACUACUACUGGACCAUGCUCACCAUGAGGAUCAAAUAAUGUGAUGGGCAAUCCCAGCAUGCAUCACUGCUGCACCCCUCCCUGGUUUUGACUAAAUGGUUUUCAGCUACGGAGAGAUUUGACUUUUUGUAGCAGGCUAGGAGAACUCACACUGCAGGUUAAGAUAAUUAGGUUAAGGUUAGGAAAAGGGUUAGGGUUAGCUAAAAUGCAAAAACUCCCGGCACGACUAGAACAUACAACUAGAACAUACAACUAGAACAUACGACUAGAACAUACAACUAGAACAUACAACUAGAAAAUAUACCAUCUAGUAUACCAUCUAGCCACACCCCUCCCUUCUCAUUCAUGGCCAUGAGAAACUUCCUGUAUUCCAGUAUUCAUGGUUUCCAACAAUUUUGCCAGCAGCCGAGGUGCUUUUGGGACUGUGACAGAAACUAAUUCAACAGACAUUGUUAACAUGAGAUCUGCUGUUGUAUGUGCCUGUGUAAAUGUGUGUUGGUGCUUUAGUAGGAUAGCAGUGAGUUAUUGAAGAAUCAUUUUAUUUCAUUUUCAUAGCAAAAACAUUGUUUUGUGUGUGAUUGCAAUUGUAUAUUUUAAUUCCAAACAGAAUCAGGCUUUCCACUUGUAGGUGGUUCGACUUGGACAAUCCUUUCAUUUAAAUAUGUGCCUUUAUUUUCAAAUCUACUUAGUCCCUUCUUCCACAGCCACGUUUGUGCACAGAUAUGGGUUCCUUGCCACGAUGGCUGUUAGAGCUUCUGUAUUUACUAAAAAGAAGGGUCACAUUUGUUCAGAAGAAUAAAGACCUGCCCUGCCUGGA